GCUCUGGAUUCUCUUAAUCCACUUGCUCUCUGGGUUUCGCUCAUCUCUGUUCGCUCUCGAAUCCCUCCUCCAACUCCCUCCCACCCCCGUCAGGCCCUUUGACCUCUCUUCUCCAAUUGAGGUUUGGGUCUUGCUUCGUCGGUGGCUUCGGGGCGUCCGUUGUAUCCGCGCCGGAGAACCAUCUACGAUUUCCAGGAAUCUCUUCCCCUCAGUUGAAAGAGGGGAGCGGCUUGUGUAUAAUUUUUCUCGCUCUCUUGUCCACACACACUCCCGUUGAUGGUCUGUGUGUAUUGCAAAGCAAUUUGUCCACCUAACCACCUUACCUCCAUUCUCGAUGCCUAGCUUAGGAGGUCUGUUGAAAAAACGGCGAACAAAGGAUUCGCAGACCCUCUCCAAAGAGCUUCAAGGUUCGUCACCUCCCGCCGAAACACAGACGUCACCCAACGCGGCCGACCACCCCGCCGCCACCAACACGACUACUCCCACGACUGCGAACAACAAUCCCGCCCAGCCGGAGGAGUCGUCGGUCAAAAACCAGCAAGAUCGGUCUUCGGGUACCAAUAGAUCCAACGAGGUCGCCUCCAUGCAAUCCGCUGCGUCGCCGGCCCACAACAGCUCUGGCCACCAGAAUGCCGCCAGUAUACAUAAUAUCAUAAAUGCGCCCCAGCAUGAGAACUCGCAAGCCGGAAAUGCUGGUGGUCAGCAGCAGGCGGCGCAGGCCAGUGCCCGAACGACCAAGGGGAAGUACACCCUGGAAGAUUUCGCCCUCCAGCGCACACUUGGCACGGGCAGUUUUGGCCGAGUGCACCUCGUGCAAUCGAAGCACAACCACCGUUUCUACGCGAUCAAGGUGUUGAAGAAAGCGCAGGUCGUCAAGAUGAAGCAGAUUGAACACACGAACGACGAGCGACGGAUGCUCAAUCGCGUUCGACACCCAUUCCUCAUCACGCUGUGGGGUACAUGGCAGGAUUCGCGGAAUCUGUACAUGGUCAUGGACUUUGUGGAGGGAGGAGAGCUGUUUAGCUUGCUCCGCAAGUCUCAACGCUUUCCCAACCCCGUCGCAAAAUUCUACGCAGCCGAAGUGACUUUGGCGUUGGACUAUCUACACUCUCAGCAGAUCAUCUACCGUGAUCUCAAGCCGGAAAACUUGCUACUAGACAGACACGGCCAUUUGAAGAUCACCGAUUUUGGAUUCGCCAAGGAGGUUCCCGAUAUCACCUGGACUCUUUGCGGAACGCCCGAUUACCUGGCCCCAGAGGUUGUCUCGUCGAAGGGUUAUAACAAAUCCGUAGAUUGGUGGUCGCUGGGGAUUCUGAUUUUUGAAAUGUUGUGUGGCUUCACACCGUUCUGGGACAGCGGUUCCCCAGUCAAGAUCUACGAGAACAUCCUGCGAGGAAGAAUAAAGUACCCUCCGUAUCUCCACCCAGAUGCUGUUGACCUGCUGUCACAGCUUAUCACAGCAGAUCUCACUAAACGCCUGGGUAACUUGCAUGGUGGCUCAGACGAUGUCAAGAGCCACCCAUGGUUUGCAGAGGUCACCUGGGAUCGACUUGCCAGGAAGGACAUUGAUGCUCCCUAUGUGCCACCAAUCAGGGGUGGCCAGGGAGACGCUAGCCAAUAUGAUCGAUACCCUGAAGAAACUGAACACUAUGGCUUUGAUGGUGAAGAUGCCCAUGGCCACCUCUUCCCUGACUUCUAGGCGCUUGCUGUAUGACUGAUGAUGUGAUGAUGAUGCCACUGCACGAAGGGUUGCCUGAGGAGCAAGGCAACCGCAGCAAGUCAAGCGCAAUAAACCUACCUUACCCAGUUUCUUCCGACUGAACCUCACAUUAAACAUUUAAAUCCAAUCAUACUUCCCCAUGUCUCUAUCUCUAUGGUCGCCCAGCGACUCGAUCUUCUGACUAUAUCUAAGUCGGGGCCCACACCGAAGUGAUUUUGCAUACCUGGUGAAGGUGCAUCAGUGUCUAUAAUCAAAAAUCGCGCUCAUGGUAUUUUCUGGUGUUUUGCGCUGGUCGGUUGGUGCAUGCAAAUUUUAUGGGAAAUCAAUCUAAAGAAUCCAAGAGGACUUGACUGAGAACUUCUGCUGCUUGCAUUGGAUUGACUUGCCUUUUCACGUAGAUUGGCG